GACAGUGCUGUUUCACAGUCCCUGUGAGUAUUUUUGUUGGACCGAGAGCAGCUGUGACUCACCCAGGCAUGCUGUGCUAAAGUGGGGGGUUGACUGCUGAAAGGAGGUAGUCCAAGAUCUUCAUCGCACCCAGGCCAGUGGCUUAGAGGGAAGCUUCUGUCAGUAGAAGGUUACUAGCUCCAAGGAAAUCAUGGCCUCAUCCCGGCUGGUGGCAAGAUCUAGAGAUAUUGCCAAUGUCAUGCAACGACUUCAGGAUGAGCAAGAGUCAGUGCAGAAGAGGACUUUCACAAAAUGGAUCAACACUCAUUUGGCUAAGCGCAAUCCUCCCAUGCUGGUCAAUGAUCUGUUUGAAGAUAUCAAAGAUGGAGUAAUGCUAAUCGCCCUUUUGGAAGUCCUGUCAGGGCAGAAACUGCCUUGUGAGCAGGGACGUCAACUGAAGAGAAUUCACUGGGUUGCCAACAUUGGCACAGCUCUUAAGUUUCUGGAAGGAAGGCGGUCCAUAUACAGAGGAUCUCCGAUUAAGCUUGUCAACAUUAACUCAACUGAUAUUGCUGAUGGUAGGCCUUCUAUUGUGCUUGGCUUGAUGUGGACCAUAAUUUUAUAUUUUCAGAUUGAGGAGCUGACAAGCAACCUUCCACAGCUGCAGUCAUUGUCUAGCAGCGCUUCUUCUGUGGAAAGCGUUGUCAGUUCAGAAACUGCGAGUCCUCCAAGCAAACGGAAGGUGGUAACCAAGGUCCAGGGAAGCGCCAGGAAGGCUUUGUUAAAAUGGAUACAGUACACAGCAGCAAAGCAAGUUGGAAUUGAAAUCAAAGAUUUUGGACAAAGUUGGAGGAGUGGUAUUGCAUUUCAUUCUGUGAUUCAUGCUAUCCGUCCAGAUUUAGUGGACAUGGAGAAAGUGAAGGGAAGAUCAAAUAGGGAAAACCUGGAAGAAGCCUUCACCCUCGCAGAAGCAGAGCUAGGAAUCCCAAGGCUUCUUGAUCCAGAAGAUGUGGAUGUUGACAAGCCAGAUGAAAAGUCUGUCAUGACCUAUGUAGCCCAAUUUCUGAAGUACUAUCCUGAUCCUCAUCAUACAGUGGCUGAUGUGCAGGAGAAUGAUAAGGAAGAUAGACUGGUACUGAGAGACCUAAAAGUGUGGGCAGAGCAGUUUGAAAGAGACUUGGCCCGCGCACAAGCAGCAGAGACAAGCUUACAGGAGAAAUACCAGUCAUUUAAACAUUUCAGAGUCCAAUAUGAGGUAAAAAGGAGACAGAUUGAACUUGUCACUCAGUCAUUACGGAAAGAUGGUAAAUUAUCACUUGAUCAAGCUAUGCUGAAGCAAGCUUGGGACAGAGUUUCUUCCAGGCUACUUGAUUGGCACGUACACCUUGAUAAAUCUCUUCCUGCACCUUUGGGUACCAUAGGUGCUUGGCUUUAUAGAGCAGAGGCUGCCCUGAGGGAAGAAAUAACUGUUCAGCAAGCUCACGAGGAGACAGCGAAUAUAAUACAUCGGAAGCUCGAACAACAUAAGGAUCUGCUGAAAAACGUAGAUGGCCACAAAAAGACAUUCCAUGAGAUCCACCGGGCCAGGUCUGUUAACGGAGUGCCUGUUCCAUCUGACCAAUUAGAGGAUAUGGCAGAGAGGUUUAAUUUUGUUGCCUCUUCAUCUGAUCUCCAUCUGUUGAAAAUGGAGUUUCUGGAACUGAAGUACCGUCUACUGUCACUCUUAGUCCUUGCUGAAUCAAAGUUAAAAUCAUGGAUUAUCAAGUAUGGAAGACGGGAGUCAGUAGAACUGCUUCUUCAAAAUUAUAUUUCUGUUAUUGAAAACAGUAAAUUCUUUGAGCAGUAUGAAGUUACAUAUCAAAUCUUGAAGAAAGCAGCUGAAAUGUAUGCCAAAGCAAAUGGCUCAGUGGAAGAAGUUGAGAAUGUGAUGAAAUUCAUGAACGAAACAACAGCACAAUGGAGGAACCUCUCGGUAGAGGUGAGAAGUGUAAGAAGCAUGUUGGAAGAGGUAAUUGCUAAUUGGGACAGAUACAGCAGCACUGUUGCAAGUCUACAGGCCUGGCUGGAGGAUGCUGAAAAAAUGUUGAAUCAGCCUGAACAGUCUAAAAAGGAUUUUUUCCGGCAUUUACCUCUUUGGAUCCAACAGCAUACAGCCAUGAAUGAUGCUGGUAAUUUUCUAAUUGAAACAUGUGAUGAGACCAUUUCCAGAGACCUUAAGCAGCAACUUCUGUUACUAAAUGGAAGAUGGAGGGAAUUGUUUAUGCAAGUUAAGCAAUAUGCUCGGGCAGAUGAACUGGACAAAAUGAGGAAGGAAUACCUGGAUGGUGUUGUCCAUUUGACAGCUUUUGUUGAUGGAAGCAAUAGAAAAUUUUCAGUGCCUGUAGAAGUGUCCUUUCUAGAUGUCAAGACGUUUGUACAAGAUUUAGAAAAUAUUAAACAGAAAUUGCCUGUGAUGGAAGCUCAGUACAAAAUGAUUGCAAGGACAGCACAGCUUGUUACAAAGGAAGUUUCCCAAGAAGAAGCAAAUGAAAUGCUUGCAACUUUGACAAGAAUCAAAGAGCAGCUGAGCAAGGUUAAGGAAUAUUGCUGUGCCCUGCUGUAUGAAUGCCAGCAUCUGCUGUCUCCGCUGGAAGAACUGGAGAAGCAAAUCACACAUUUUUAUGAAUCUCUCGAAAAAGUGAAUGAAAUAAUUUCUAUUCUGGAUCCUGAAGCACAGCCUACAACUGUUCUUAAACAAAAAGCCCAGGAUUUGGUAGCUUAUCAAGAAAACUGCAAGAAAGCUUUGUCCCUGGUUGAGAGAAAUAGUCAGAGUGUUCUGCAGUGUGUGGCUUCGAGUGAAGUAUUACAGCAUUUCCAUCAAUUGACAUUUCAGAAGAAAGUUACACAGAUUCAGAUCACUUUUCAGAAUAUGGUCAGGAAAGCUGGUGACUGGAGAAAAAACAUAGAAGCAAAUAGCCGUCUGAUGAAGAAAUUUGAGGAGUCUAGAGCAGAACUGGAGAAAGUAAUACAGAUUGCCCAUUGUUGCUUAAAAGAAAAAGGAAAUCCUGAAGAACUUCUCAGGAAACAUAGCGAAUUCUUUAACCAGUUGGACCAGAGAGUCCUAAAUGCCUUCCUGAAAGCUUGCGAUGAACUCACUGACAUCCUUCCUGAACAAGAACAGCACAGUCUGCAGGAAGCUGUGAGGAAACUCCAUAGGCAGUGGAAGGAUCUUCAGACAGAAGCCCCGUAUCAUUUGAUCCAUUUGAAGAUUGAAGUGCAGAAAAGCAAACUGCUGGUCACAGUGGAGGAAUGUAAAGCUGAGCUAGCUCGACAGAACAAGGUGUUAUCCAGUGAAGGCAACGAAAAGAUGAUCAAAGAGCACAUGUUGUUCUUCGGUGACAAGGGAUCCUACCAGCUGUGUGAGAAAAGGCUACAACGGAUUGAAGAACUGUGUCAAAAACUGCCAGUUUCUGAUCCAGUGAGGGCUACAUUGGAAAGCAGCCGAAGAAUUCUGAAGGAACUUAAAUCCCAGAUUGACAGCACAUAUGUGAAGCUAACAGAGCGCUCUGAGAAGUGGAAGGGCUAUAAGAACAGAUUUUCUGAAUUGGCAAAUUGGAUUUCAUCAACAGAAAGAGAGAUAAAGAAGAUAAAGCAAACUGUCAAUGAUACGGCCAGAUACAAGCAAUUUGAAGCAGCUGUGGGGGAAAUUAGGCAACAUAUUAGCAAGCAAGGAGAAAAUCUCAGCUGGCUGAAAUCUGGACUUGCUGUUCUGACUGCAGUAUGUCCUGAUCUGGAGGCCAAAAACACAGAAGAUGAGCUUUGUAAGCUUUCCAGUGACUUCAAGGGACUCCUAGAUUCAUUGGCUGAGAUUGAAAAGAUGUUAGGCACUGUUGGAAACUGUGUCCAGUACAAAGAAGAAGUUAAGAGUGCUAUUGAAGAGUUAAUCACCAACUCUAAAGAAGCCCAAGCAGAGGCUGAGAUGAUCUUGGAUACAGAAAGCUUAUUACAAGCUCAGCAACUACUACUUCAUCAUCAGCAAAGGACAAAGAGAAUCCGGGCAAAGAGGGAAGAUGUGCAACAGCAGAUUUCCCAGGCUAAACAGUUGCAGAUUGAAGGUGGACUGCCCAGCACAAUGCAGGAAGAUUUACAGAAGUUGGAAGGAACAUUGGAGAACAUGCAGCAGACAAUGGAGAAACGAGAAGAACAAUUACAGGUCACAAUAAAUAAAUGGGAGCAGUUUGAAAGGGACAAAGAAACAGUAGUAAAAUAUCUUAAUCAAGCAAGCUCUGCACUUGAACGUAUCUUAAACUUUAGCAGUUUAGAGAGCCUCUCCACAGAACUGGAUCAAACAAAGGAGCUGUCUAAACAGACUGAAGCCAUGGCGGUGCAGGCUGAGAAUCUGGUGAAGAAUUCUUCUGAGAUACAGCUUGGUUCAAAGAACAAGCAAUCCCUGCAGCGACAGGCAAAAACAAUCCAAGAACAAGUGAAAAAAGUAGAAGUUACUCUUGAAGAAGAUAUUAAAAGCAUGGAAAUGGUGAAAAACAAGUGGGAUCAUUUUGACAAUAAUUUUGAAGCUCUGUCCAUCUGGAUAGCUGAAAAAGAAAAAGAACUGGAAACUUUGGAAACAUCAUCAUCUCCUUUGGACAUACAGAUCAGCCAGAUCAAGGUUAUUAAUAAAGAAAUAGAUGGUAAAAUAAGUGGAAUCCCCAGACUAGAAGCGGAAGCCCAGUCUUUUUCCCAGUUUGUUACCUCUGGAGAACGUGCACACAUUAAAGCCAAACUGACCCAGGUCAAAAGGUAUUGGGAAGAGCUAAAAGAUCAUGAACAGAGACUGGAAGGAACAAUCACUGGGAAUGCCUCAGCACAGCAGAAAUAUGAAGAAAGUCUCAAACAGGUGCAGCAAGCAGUGUCCGGGUUUGAAGCUAAGCUGGCUGAGCCUCUUACAUCAUGUGCCUCAUCAGCGGCGACGUACGGGGUCCUUCAGGAUUACACGGACCUUUGUCAUAAUGUGAAAAAACUGAGCAAUGCUCUGGCUUCUCUCUCAGCCUGUGCCCGAAAGGUCUCCAACAAAGAAAAAGCUGCUCAGGAGGUGACAGCGUUACAGCAGAAAUAUGAAAAAGUGCUAGAAAAUGCUAAAGAGAAACAGACCUUGUUAGAGACUCUUCUAGCUCAGUGGCAGAAGCACGAGAAAGAGCUGUCUGCCUUCCUCACUUGGUUAGAGGAGUGUGAAGCUGCAGCCAGUCCUUCAGAGCAGUAUGUUUCAGCUGACAGAGUUAAACUAGAAGGUGAACUGCAGUCACUACAGGAUUUGCGAGCUGAUAUUGAGUCCCAUGCUUCAGUCUAUGCAAACCUAUUACAAUUAAAUGAGUCGCUGUUUCCAACAGUUUCCAACCAGUGUGUAAAGGUGAUUAAAGAAAAAUUUGAAGAGCUGGAUGAGAGGUGGAAAGCUUUACCACAAACUGUUGAUAAAAGGAUAUAUUUCCUUCGAUCUCUUGUUGCUGAACAUGGGCAAUUUGAUGAGCUACUGCUCAGUUUUUCGGACUGGAUUAAGCAGUUUCUUGCUGAACUACAAGCCACUUCAGAAAUAAACACAACUGAUCGACAACUCGCUGUAUCUGACAAUAAGGACCACUUAAAGGAAGUUGAAAGUAAAAAACAGCAGCUACAAAGUCUGAAGGAACAUGUAGAAAAACUGUGUUCUUUCAGCUGCCCAGAGGACCACCAGACUUUGCAGGGAAAGACUGAAGAUUGCUUUCAGAUCUUCCAAGAGGCAAGUCAAAUGACUAGCCAAAGACAAGAGGCUCUGGAACAGCUACGGGUAUUUCUGGAGCUCCACAGUGCUGCAUCAAGUAUGCUCCACCAGCUGAGGCAGACAGUGGAGAAAACAGGAAAUAUGGAUAAAGCUAAAUCUGAAUUACUGCAAAAGGAGCUGCAUGAUGUUAUUCAAGAUCUUAACAAGCUGGAAUCUCUUGCCGUCAGUUUGGACAGUUCCCUUACUAAGGCCCAGUAUCAUCUAAAACAUGGCAUUUCUGAGCAGAGGACCUCCUGCAGGGCUGUGGUGGAUAAUCUGUGCUUGGAACUGGAGGCAGUUCAAAACCUACUGGGAACCAAGCAGAGUGAGGCAGAAGCUCUCGGAGCCUUGAGGAGAUCUUUUGUGGAACGUAAGGAACAGCUACUGAAGCGUAUUGAAGAUACUGAGGAAAGGGCUGACAAGGAAGGUCUGAAGGAGGCAACGCUGCAAGCCCUCCAGCAAAGAUUAAGGAUCUUUAACCAGUUAGAUGAGGAACUGAGUUCUCAGCAGCAUGAACUCCAGUGGCUCAUGGACAAAGCAAAACAAAUAGCCCAAAAAGAUGUAACACUUGCUUCUGAGAUUGACAAAGAGCUAAAUCGCUUAGAAUCUCUGCGGGAGGAUACCAAGAAAAGUAUACGUGAAAAAAAGGACCAGUGCUGUGUUCUUAUUGAUCUGAUGAAGGAAUAUCAGAGUUUGAAGUCAAUGGUAAUGAAAGUCAUAGACAGUGCCGACAGCGCUUCUGCGAUCAAAUCAAUUUGGAAGGACCAUGAAGAUGUUAGGCGAACUUUAUCCAAGCAUGAAGCUGCCAAGAAUGAUCUGAGUGAUAAGCAGAAAGAUCUGGAUAGUUUCACCAAUAAAGGAAAACAUUUGUUAGCAGAAUUGAAAAGAGUUCGUGGCUGCGACCCCACUGCAGUGAAAACAGAUAUGAACUGUACAGUGGACAAAUGGCUAGAUGUAUCAGAAAGGAUUGAAGACAACAUAGACCGGUUGAGUGUAAGCGUAUCUCUGUGGGACGACAUACUGAAAAUCAGAGAUGAAAUGGAUGAAUGGUGUAAUAAAUGCAUUUCUCAACUGAAUGAAGGCAUCGGCAACUUCAGUAAUAGUCAGAGAAUGGAGGUCAUCCUGAAAGAGUUUCAGUCUGACGUCAAGGACAAAGAACUGAAGCUGGAGCAGCUUAGUUCUAAAAUUUCAGAUCUCAAAGAACUGACCCAUAGUCAAGAGCCUCCUGCAGACCUUCAGUUCAUAGAAUCAGAUUUGAGGCAAAAGUUGGAACAUGCCAAAGAAAUGUCAGAGACAGCAGAAGAAACACUAAAAGAUUUCAGUACUCAGAAGAUGCAGUUACAGAAGCUUAUCAAUCAGAUGACAGAGUGGUUGACAACAGUGGAAGAGAUAUUGUUAAGCUGUGCACGUAACCUGAACCCUGAUGCUCUAAAUAAAGUGAAGGAGACGCAAAAAGACCUUCAGCUUCAGCAGAGCAGCAUUGACUCAGCCCGGGAGAACCUCAACAGCCUGUGUCGCAAGUACCAUUCUGUGGAGCUGGAGGCUCUUGGUGGCACUGUCAGUUCAUUAAUAAAGAAGUAUGAAGCUGUGAAUCAGCUCUGUUCCAGGACACAGGCCAGCAUGCAGGAGUCCCUGGAAAAACACUUCCUCAAUUGUAUGCAAGAAUUCCAAGAAUGGUUUUCUGGUGUGAAGACUGCAGUAAAAGAAUCUUCUGACAGAUCUGGAGAUAGCAAAGUCAUAGAGGCAAAGCUACAUGAUUUGCAGAUUGUGCUGGAUUCUGUUAGUGAGGGACAGAACAAAUUAGAAGCUGCCUGUAAGGAAGGAGAAAAUUUGUGUGCUUGCUUACCCAAACCAGUUGUGAGCCAUAUCCAGGAGCAAAUAGAAAAGUCUACCCAGAGCUUCCAGGAAUUCCUCAACCAGUGUCUGAAAGAUCAGCAGGCCCUAGAAGCUUGUGCCUCAGACCUGGGAAGCUUUGAGGAUCAGCACAAGAAACUCAGCCUGUGGAUACAUGAAAUGGAAGAAAGAAUAAGCACAGAAGCAUUAGGAGAGAACAAACAGCUUAUUCCUGAGAAGAAAAAUGAGGUGCAGAAAGUGGAAAAGUUCCUGGAAGAGUUAUUGACUUCAAGAGAAUCUUUUGAAAAACUCUCCCAAAUGGCACAGGCUUUAAAUGAAGGAGGACAAGGUGCAGGACAAGUGCGCUUGGCCUCUCAGCAUCUCACCAGUUACCAAAACAUGGUCAAAACUGUCAAGGAGAAGCUGCGAACAUGUCAGGUUGCGCUCCAGGAGCAUCUUGCUUUGGAGGAGGCACUGCAGAGCAUGUGGUCAUGGGUGAAAGAGGUUCAAGAUAAACUAGCAUCGUUAAAGAGCACUGUUGGUAGCAAAGCCACACUAGAGAGACGACUGACACAAAUUCAGGAGAUCCUCUUACUCAAAGGUGAUGGUGAAGUUAAGCUGAACAUGGCCAUUGGCAAAGCAGAACAAGCACUUAGAAACAGCAAUGAGGAAGGACAAAAGGUGAUACAAAACCAGCUACAAGUGCUGAAGGAUGUAUGGAAUGACGUCAUCAACACCUCAGUGAACUGGCAGAGCUGUCUAGAGUCUGUGAUUAGCCAGUGGAAUGACUAUUUGGAAAGGAAGAACCAGCUGGAGCAGUGGUUAGAUAAACUGGAUCACAAAGCAGAACAUCCUAUAGAACCACAGAUUGGCCUGAAGGAGAAGUUUGCUCAGCUGGACCACUUCCAAGCUAUUGUUUCUGAGAUAGAGGAUCACUCUGUUGAUUUACAUCAACUCACUGAAAAAGCUGUGGAACUGUAUGAAAAAACUGAGGAUGAUUCUUUUGGAGAAGCAGCUCAAGAAGAACUAAAAACACACUUUAAUGAUAUCACAGCUGUGGCCAAGGAGAAAAUGAGGAAAGUGGAAGACAUUGUGAAGGACCAUUUGCUGUACCUUGAUGCCGUGCAUGAAUUCACAGACUGGCUCCAUUCUGCAAAAGAAGAGCUGCACCGCUGGUCAGAUAUAUCUGGAGAUACAUCAGCAGUACAGAAAAAGCUGACCAAAAUCAAUGCCCUGCAGGCGGACUGGAAGCAGUGGGAAGAGAGCGCUUUCCAAACCCAAAGCAACCUGGAGGAUCUGCUCAGCCAGAUGGCCCUGUCGGAGCAGGAGUUCGCCGCCCAAGUCGCUCAGCUGGAAAAGGCCGUGGAGCAGUUUGGCACGCUGCUGGCCGCUUGGUCGCAGCGCCUGGCCCCCCUGGACGGCCAGCACACGGACGCCGAGCUCGUGGAGUGCUGGCGGAGGGAAAAAGAAACAUUGGAUGCUCUAGCAAAGUCUGAGCAUAUGUCGGAUGAGAUCAAGACUCAAUUAAAUGACCUCUGUAGAUUUUCCAGAGAUUUGAGUGAUCAUUCUUCAAAAGUUUCAGGGUUGAUUAAGGAGUAUAACAGCCUCUGCCUGCAAGCUUCAAAAGGAUGUCAGAGUAAAGAGCAGAUCUUGCAGCAAAGAUUUCGAACAGCUUUCAGGGACUUCCAGCAGUGGCUAGUCAAUGCAAGAAUCACCACAGCCAAAUGCUUUGAUGUGCCUCAGAGUAUCAGUGAAGCUUCAGCAAGUCUGCAGAAAAUACAGGAAUUCUUAUCAGAAAGUGAGAAUGGGCAACAUAAACUAAACUUGGUAGCAUCCAAAGGAGAACUGCUGUGCUCUAUGUUACCAAAAGAAAAGGCUCAAGUUAUCCGGGAGAAAGCUACUACUGCUAAAGAAGAUUGGAAAAAUUUUAUCGCUACCCUUCACCAAAAGGAAUCUGCAUUGGAGAACUUAAAGAUCCAGAUGAAGGACUUUGAAGUAAGUGCUGAGCCUCUGCAGGAGUGGCUGAGCAUGACAGAAAAGAUGGUUCAAGGAAGUAGUAGUCGACUCCAUGAUCUUCCUUCCAAGAGGAGAGAACAGCAAAAGUUACAGUCUGUCCUUGAGGAAAUAAGCUGUCACGAGCAUCAGCUCAACAGGCUAAAAGAGAAAGCUCAGCAGCUGUGGGAAGAGCAAGCUGUCAGCAAAAGCUUUAUGCGCAGAGUGUCUCAGCUGUCUUCUCAAUACCUUACUCUAAGCAAUCUGACAAAGGAGAAGGUUUCCAGGAUGGAUAGGGUCGUUGCAGAGCACCAGCAGUUCUCUCAUGGUGUCAAGGACCUCCAGGACUGGAUGGCUGAUGCAGUUCACAUGCUGGAGUCCUACUGUCAUCCCACUGCAGACAAGAGUGUUCUGGACAGCCGGAUGUUAAAGCUGGAGGGACUCCUAGCAGUGAAACAAGAAAAAGAAAUCCAAAUGAAAAUGGUUCUGACAAGAGGAGAAUCUGUUCUGCAAAAUACGUCUCCAGAGGGUGUGCCAGUGAUUGAACGGCAGUUGCAGACCCUAAAGGACAACUGGGCUUCUCUUCUGUCUGCUUGUAUCCAGUGCAAGAGUCAGCUGGAAGGAGCGCUCUCCAAAUGGACAAGUUACCAGGAUGAUGUUCGCCAGUUUUCCAGCUGGAUGGAUAAAGUAGAAGCAAGCAUGAAUGCUUCUGAGAGGCAGUAUGCAGAACUGAGGGAAAAAGCAGCUGCCCUCAGCAAAGCAAAGCUACUCAGUGAAGAAGUAUUGAGUCAUAGCAGCCUGUUAGGGACUAUUGAAAUAAAAGGCAAUGGAAUGACUGAGCAUUAUGUAACCCAGCUCGAACUCCAGGACCUUCAGGAGCGAUACAAGUUUCUCAAAGACAGAACAAGGGAAGCAGUAACGAAAGCUGAAGGACUGCUUAACUUACAUCAGGAGUACCAAAGAAAUCUGAAGGCCUUUGAAGUCUGGUUGGAGAAGGAACAGGAGAAACUUGACUGCUUAGCACAUCUGGAAGGUGAUACACAGAAGCAGGAGGCAACACUCCGAGACUUACAGGAGUUGCAGGUCCACUGUGCGGAAGGACAAGCAUUACUGAAUGCUGCUAUCCAUGCCAGAGAGGAGGUGAUUCCUUGGGGCAUGCCCCAGAUAGAGGACCGAGCCCUGGAAUCUGUACGACAGGAUUGGCAAGUUUACCAGCACAGGCUUUCUGAAGCAAGAACGCGGUUAAAUGCUACUGUGAGCAGAUUGAGGUUAAUGGAGAAAAAAUUUCAGAAAGUAAAUAACUGGCUAACAGAUCUGGAGGAAAAAGUUACUAUCAGGACUGGGAGGCAGUCUGGUAGAGCAACAAAGGAGAUGCAGCUGCAACAAAUGAAGAAGUGGCAUGAAGAAAUUACAGUCUACAAAGAUGAUGUGGAGGAGGUUGGGGUAUUGGCUCAGCAAAUACUAGAGGAAAGUCUCGCUACAUGUAGAACGGGAAGUCAAGCCACACAACUUACUUCUCGAUAUCAAACUCUUCUUCUUCAUGUGUUGGAGCAAAUAAAGUUUCUGGAAGAAGAGGUUAGAAGUAUGGAGGAGUCAGAAUUAGCUUUCAGUGCUUAUGCAAAUUGGUAUGGAGCUACCAAUAAGGACUUCAGAAACGUAAUCACCAAGUUUGAUGUGGUGGAUAAAACAGCAAUGGAGAAAAAAAUGCAGAAAUUAGAGCUUCUCUUAAGCGAUAUGGACAUAGGCCAUAGUUUACUGAAAUCUGCCCGGGAGAAGGGAGAGCGAGCUAUAAAGUACAUGGAAGAAAAGGAAGUUUCCCAGUUAAGAAAAGAAAUCAGUGAUUACGUGGAACAGCUUGAAGAAUUGGCUGGCUUGAUCAGGAAAGAGCACAUGACUUCAGAGAAGUGCCUACAGCUGGCCAAGGAGUUCUCGGACAAGUACAAAGCGCAGACCCAGUGGCUAAUGGAGUACCAAGGCAUCUUACAUGCUCCAGUGGAGCCAAAAAGUGAACUCUAUGAGAAGAAGGCCCAGUUGUCUAAAUACAAGUCCAUACAGCAGACUGUUCUGUCCCAUGAGUCUACAGUAAAAUCAGUGAUUGAAAAGGGAGAAGCACUUUUUGAUCUGGUGAAUGAUACAGCUCUAAGGAAAAACAUUCAAGACCUUCAGAGCAGCUACCAGGAACUGUGCAGCUCAACAAAGGCGUACGCUGAAACCUUAGAGCUGAGAGUGAAAGAACAUGAAGAUUACAAUAGUGACUUGCAAGAAGGGGAGAAAUGGUUGUUACAUAUGUCCAGCAGGCUUGUCAGCCCUGACUUCAUGGAGAGUAAUAACCUUGAAAUAAUUACUCAGCAGCUAGCCAACCACAAGGCUAUCAUGGAAGAAAUUGCAGGAUUUGAAGAUCGUUUGAACAGCCUUAAGAGUAAAGGUGAUUAUUUGAUCGAUCAAUGUACAGAACAACUUCAAGCAAAAUUUAAGCAAAAUAUACAAAGCCAUCUUCAGGGGACAAGGGACAGUUAUUCUGCCAUAUGUAGCACAGCCCAAAGAGUGUACCAAAGCUUGGAACAUGAACUCCAGAAGCAUGUUAACCAUCAGGAUACUCUGCAACAGUGUCAGACUUGGCUAUCUACAGUGCAGUCAGAGCUAAAGCCAAGUACUUGGCCACCUUUCAGCCUGGCAGAUGCAGUUAAACAGGUGAAGCAUUUCCGAGCUCUACAGGAGCAGGCCAAUACGUAUUUGGAUCUUUUGUGCUGCAUGUGUGAUCUGUCAGAUGCCACAGUGAAGAAUACAGCAACAGACAUUCAACAAACAAAACAGACGAUUGAGCAACAGAUAAUGCACUCACAGUAUUUGGCUCAAGGUUGGGAAGAGAUCAAACAAAUGAAGGCUGAGCUCUGGAUAUAUUUCCAGGAUGCAGACCAACAACUACAGAAUUUGAAAAGGAGACGGGCAGAACUGGAACUUAAUAUUGCCCAGAAUAUGGUACUCCAGGUUAAGGAAUUCAGUCAGAAGUUGCAGUCUAAACAGUCAGCUCUUACCGCUGUGACUGAAAAGAUGAACAAACUAACCCAAGGACAGGAAUCACCUGAACAAAAGGAAAUAGGACAGUUAAGCAACCAGUGGCUGGACCUCUGCCUUCAGGCACACAGUUUGCUCAUACAAAGGGAGGAGGAUCUGCAGAGGACUGGGGAUUAUCAUGAUCGCAUGAACGUAGUAGAAGUUUUCUUGGAAAAGUUUACAAAAGAGUGGGACAACUUGGCUAGGUCUGAUGCUGAGAGUACAAAUGUGCAUCUUGAAGCUUUGCAAAAAAUGGCACUGGCACUACAGGAGAGGAGAUUUGCUCUUGAAGAUUUGAAAGAUCAAAAACAGAAAAUAAUAGAACAUUUGAAUCUUGAUGACAAAGAAUUAGUAAAAGAGCAAUUUGGUCAUUUCGAGCAACGCUGGACUCAGUUGGAGGAUCUUGUGAAGAGAAAAAUUCAAGUUUCUAUAGCAACCUUAGAAGAGCUCAGUUUGGUUCAUUCUAAAUUUCAGGAACUAAUGGAGUGGGCAGAGGAGCAGCAACCUAGUAUUUCAGAGGCUCUUAAACAGAGCCCUCCUCCAGAUAUGGCUCAGAGUCUUCUCGUGGAUCAUCUUAGCAUUUGUAGUGAGCUUGAAGCCAAGCAGCUUGUUCUCAAGACCCUUGUGAAGGAUGCUGACAGGGUGAUGACCAAUCUAGGGCUCAAUGAAAGGCAGCAGCUGCAGAAAGCACUUUCUGAUGCACAGCACCAUGUAGAUUGUCUCAGCGAUCUGGUUGGCCAGAGAAGAAAGCACCUGAAUAAAGCACUGUCUGAAAAGACUCAGUUUCUCAUGGCGGUCUUUCAGGCCACAAACCAAAUUCACCAGCAUGAAAAGAAAGUAACGUUUCCAGAACAUAUCUGUCUGUUGCCUGAAGAUGUGAACAAACAGAUCAGGACUUGUAAGAAUGCCCAAGCUAACUUGAAGGCCUGUCAAAAUGAAGUCACUGGGCUGUGGGCUCAAGGAAGGGAUUUAAUGAAAGAAGCAACCGAGCAAGAAAAGAAUGAAGUGUUAGGUAAACUGCAGGAACUACAGAAUGUAUAUGACACUGUUUUACAAAAGUGUAGCCAGAGAUUGUUAGAACUUGAGAAAAACAUAGUUUCCAGGAAAUAUUUCAAAGAAGAUUUGGAUAAAGCCUGCCAUUGGCUAAAACAAGCUGAUAUUGUCACAUUCCCAGAAGUCAAUGUAAUGAAUAGUAACCGUGAACUAUACACCCAGUUGGCAAAAUAUCAACAGAUUCUUGAACAGUCUCCAGAAUAUGAAAAUCUGCUACUUUCACUGCAAAGAGAUGGCCAAGAAAUCCUGCCAUCACUUAAUGAUGUGGAUCAUUCAUAUCUGGAUGAAAAGCUUAACAUGCUUCCUCAGCAAUUCAAUAUUGUCAUUGCCCUGGCAAAAGAUAAAUUCUAUAAGGCUCAGGAAGCAAUUUAUGCCCGAAAAGAAUAUACCUCUUUGAUUGAGCUGACCACUAAAGCUCUGAGUGAGCUAGAAGAUCAGUUUAUUAACAUGGACAAAGCUCCAGCUGCUGUUUUAGCCAAAGAAGUUGUGUCUCUCCAGCAGGCUUACAGAGAUCUCUUAGGUGAACUGGUGAGCCUUGGUGCAGCAGUGGAUGAGCUGAACCAGAAGAAGGAGGCCUUUCGAAGCACUGGCCAGCCAUGGCAACCAGAUGAAAUACUAAAACUUUUCACACUGUAUCACAAGCUGAAAAGGCAAAUAGAACAGAAAAUCAACCUUUUGGAAGACACAAUAGAAGCAUGCCAGGAACAUGAGAAAAUGUGCAUGCAGCUCAAGACACAACUAGAGACAGUCCAGAAAGAACAGAUUAAGGUGAAUGAGGAAACGCUCCCAAUAGAAGAAAAGUUGAAAAUAUACCAUUCUCUGGCAGGCAGCUUGCAAGACUCCGGGAUCCUUUUGAAGCGGAUAAGUGAACAUCUAGAAUCCCUUUCUCCUCAGCUUGACCCAUCUGCUUGCGAGACAAUCAAUCACCAGGUGCAGUCUUGGCAAGAGACACUAAAGUCAUUGCAUGCUGCCAUUGGUGACACAGUGAUGGAGUGUGAGAACAGACUUGUACAAAGCAUAGACUUCCAGACAGAAAUCUGCCGCUCGCUUGACUGGUUGAGGUGGGUGAAAGCAGAGCUUAAUGGAACAUUAAGUUUGGACCUCAAACUGCAAAAUAUCCAAGAAGAAAUCCGCAAGGUUCAGAUACAUCAGGAAGAAGUACAGUCAAGCCUGAGAAUAAUGAAUGCACUAAGCAAUAAAGAGAAAGAAAGAUAUAUGAAAGCCAAAGAGCUGAUACCUGCUGACCUGGAAAACACUCUUGCUGAGCUGACAGAACUAGACGGUGAAGUUCAAGAAGCUAUAAACAUGAGACAGGCUACCUUGAACAAACUAUACAGUCUCUGCCAAAGAUACUACCAAGUGAUGCAGAUAGCAAAUGACUGGCUUGAGGAUGCUCAGGAAUUGCUACAUUUAGCAAGGAAUGGUCUUGAUGUCGAGAACUCUGAGGAGAACCUGAGGAACCACGUUGAAUUUUUCAGCACAGAAAGUCAAUUCAGUAACCAUAUGGAAGAAUUACAGGGCCUGGCAUCUGAGAUAGAACCAUUUAUCCAAGCUACAGCAAGAGAGCAACUGGGGCAGGAUAUAGCUGCAUUGGAGGAAAAGGGCAAGGGGACAAAGCAAGAAGCUGACACCCAGCAAGAACAAUUGCAAAGGUGUGCUUCUGAGUGGCAGGAGUACCAGACAGCAAGACAGAAGGUUAUUGAAGUGAUGAAUGAGGCUGAGAAAAAAUUAUCUGAAUUCUCAGUUGCUAAAGCGGCUUCUUCUCAUGAAGCUGAACAGAAAUUGUUGACACAUAAGACCCUUGUGUCUGUAGUGAACUCUUUCCAUGAGAAGAUCACAGCCCUAGAAGAAAAGGCUUCGCAGCUGGAAAAAGUUAGCAAUGAUGCCAGUAAGGCAACUAUAAGCAGAUCAAUGACAACAGUUUGGCAGCGCUGGACACGGCUCCGGAAUGUAGCCCAAGAACAAGAGAAAAUUUUGGAAGAUGCAGUGCUGGGAUGGAAGGGUUUUAAUGACAAGAUUCAGAGAGCCACCAUAGCAAUAGAUCAGCUACAAGGUCGCCUACCAGAAAGUUCAGCAGAAAAGGCAUCUAAGACGGAGCUCCUAGAACUCCUGGAUUACCACAGCAGUUUUCUUUUGGAGGUGGAGCACCAACUGUCAUCUUUGGGCCUGCUCAAACAGCACGCUGUGAGCUUGCUUCAGGAUGUGGAAGUGCAGCCUCCUUCUCAGGAAGAGCUACCAGUCAUGCAAGAAAUUAAAGCAAUGCAAGAUCGAUGCCACAAUAUGCAACAGAAAGUGAAAAAAGGCAUGAAGCUAGUGAAACAGGAGCUGAAGGAACGUGAGGCGGUUGAAGCAGAGAUUAAUACUGUGAAGUCCUGGAUCCAGGAAACAAAAGAAUAUUUGUUAAACCCUGAUAUGGAAGUGGAUACUCAACUUCAGGAGUUGCAGUCUCUCCUCAAUGAAGUAACUGCUCAUCGCCAGGCUGUGGAAAAAAUGGCUGAACAACAACAGAAUAAGUACUUGGGUCUUUAUACCAUUUUGCCUUCUGAACUCUCUCUUCACUUAGCAGAAGUUGGGCUGGCCCUUGUAACUAUACAAGAUCAGAUUCAAAGCAAAGAGAAAGAAACCCAACAGAUCAAAACAUUAAAUGAGGAGUUUGGUCAGAAAAUCCAGGGGAUAGCAAAUGAACUAAAUUCAAUUCUUUCCAAACUGAAGAAGAAAACCAAUGAUAUAGCACAAGCUAAACUUGAGCAGAAGAUUCUGGGUGAAGAAUUGGACAGCUGCAAUAUAAAGCUGGUGGAAUUAGAUGCAUCAGUCCAGGAUUUUGCGGAGCAGAAUGUCCCUCUGGCUAAGCAGCUGGCUAACAGAAUAGGGAAACUCACUGCGCUUCACCAGCAGACCGUGCGGCAGGCUGAAUACAGAGCAGCCAAGCUCAGUCAGGCUACUUCACAUUUGGAAGAAUACAACGAGAUGCUGGAGUUCAUACUGAAAUGGAUUGAGAAAGCAAAUAUCCUAGUGCACGGUACUAUAACAUGGAAUUCUGCCUCUCAGCUUCGUGAUCAGUUUAAGGCCUACCAGGCUAUGCUUGAAGAGUCCGGAGAUAUUCACGGUGAUCUCGAGGCCAUGAGUGAGAGGACUGAAUAUUUAGCAAGUGUAUACUGUACUGAAGGAAUGUCUCAGCAAGUGUUGGAACUGGGGCGGCGGACAGAGGAAUUACAGCAAGUUAUCAAAGUGAGGCUGCCAAACCUCCAAGAUGCUGCCAAGGACAUGAAGAAAUUUGAAAUUGAACUGCGAGCCCUGCAGGCUGCUCUGGAGCAAGCCCAAGCCACUCUGACGUCUCCAGAACUUGGGCGUUUGAGCUUGAAAGAGCAGCUUUCUCACCGACAGCAUCUGUUGUCUGAAAUGGAGUCAUUAAAGCCAAAGGUUCAUGCAGUACAAGUCUGCCAGAGUGCCUUGAGGAUUCCUGAAGAAGUGGUCACCAGCCUGCCAAUAUGUCACAGUGCCCUCAGGCUCCAGGAGGAGGCUAGCCGUCUGCAGCACACAGCCAUUCAGCAGUGCAACAUAAUGCAGGAAGCAGUGGUUCAGUAUGAGCAGUAUGAGCAAGAGAUGAAACAUUUACAGCAAAUGAUAGAGAGUGCACAUCGUGAGAUCCAAGACAAGCCGAUAGCAACCAGUAACAUCCAGGAACUCCAGGACCAGAUUUCACGCCAUGAGGAGCUGGCACAGAAGAUCAAAGGAUACCAGGAGCAAAUUGCUUCUUUGAAUUCGAAGUGCAAGAUGCUAACAAUGAAAGCAAAGCAUGCCACUAUGCUGCUGACGGUAACAGAAGUGGAAGGGCUUUCAGAAGGAAUGGAGGAGCUCGAUUCAGAACUCCUCCGCACACACCCUGCUCACCCCUCAGUAGUCAUGAUGACUGCUGGUCGCUGUCACACACUGCUCUCCCCUGUCACUGAGGAGUCUGGGGAGGAGGGAACCAACAGUGAGAUUUCUUCUCCACCUGCCUGUCGCUCUCCUUCACCCGUGGCUAAUACAGAUGCUUCUGUUAACCAGGACAUUGCUUAUUACCAAGCCUUAUCUGCUGAACAGUUGCAGACAGACGCUGCUAAAAUUCACCCCAGCACUUCAGCCACCCAGGAGUUCUAUGAGCCAGGCUUGGAGUCAGCUGCUAGUGCCAAACUGGAUGAUUUGCAGCGUUCUUGGGAAACACUAAAGAACGUGAUCAGUGAAAAGCAGCGCACUCUCUAUGAAGCUCUUGAACGUCAACAGAAAUAUCAAGACACGCUCCAGUCUAUAUCCACAAAAAUGGAGACCACUGAGAUCAAACUAAAUGAGAGUCUGGAACCGGGCAAGAGCCCAGAGAGCCAGAUGGCUGAACAUCAGGCUUUGAUGGAUGAGAUUCUAAUGUUACAAGAAGAAAUCAGUGAGCUUCAAACAUCAUUAGCAAAGGAGUUGGUUUCAGAAUCAGUGGAUACAGAAGCUGCUGAUCAGCUGGCGUUGCAGUCCACUCUCACAGUCUUGGCAGAGCGAAUGGCCACAAUUCGAAUGAAAGCAUCUGGAAAACGACAGCUAAUAGAGGAAAAAUUGAACGAGCAGCUGGAAGAACAGCGGCAAGAGCAGGCCCUUCAAAGAUACCGCUGUGAAGCCGAUGAGCUUGAUCACUGGCUACUCAAUACCAGAGCUACUCUGGACACAGCUUUGGUUACUGCUGAGGAACCUAUGGACAUGGACGCUCAGCUGACAGACUGUCAGAACAUGCUGGUUGAAAUAGAGCAGAAGGUGGUGGCCUUGUCUGAGCUAUCUGUGCACAACGAGAACUUGCUUAUGGAAGGUAAAGCUCACACCAAGGAUGAGGCAGAGCAGCUGGCCGCGAAGCUCAGGACGCUGAAGGGCAGCCUUCUGGAGCUGCAGAGAGUGCUGCAUGACAAACAGAUCAACAUCCAGGGUUCUUUACAAGAGAAGGAGGAGAGCGAUCUGGACUUGGUUUCCUCACAGAGUCCCAGUGUCCAAGAAUGGCUGGCACAAGCAAGAACAACUCGCUCACAGCAGCAGCAGAGCAGUCUGCAGCAACAGAAAGAGCUGGAACAAGAGCUAGAAGAGCAGAAGAAUCUGCUUCGAUCAGUAGCAAGCCGUGGAGAAGAAAUCCUUACACAGCAAGGUGCUCCAGAAGGCCUAUGUCUAAGUGAGAAGCCUGAUACACUCUCUGAGGAGUUAGGCUUGGAAGGUGAGAAGCCAUCAGCUGAAGAACAGAUGAAGAUGAAAUGGGAAAGCCUGAAUCAGGAAUUCAAUACCAAGCAGAGACUGCUCCAGAAAGCUUUGGAGCAAGAACAGCUGCUUUAUAACAGACCAAGCAGAUUGAUGUCUGGAGUACCUUUGUAUAAAGAAGAAGGACAGGAUCAGGAUAAAUCAUUAGUUUCACCAGUAUUGGUUGAAUUGAAUCAGGCCUUUGAAGAUGUGUCGUCUGAGGCUGGACGUGCAGAGAAGGAGAGCCUGCAUCUAGAGCAGAAGUUGUAUGAUGGUGUCUCAGCCACCUCUUUGUGGCUAGAUGGUGUGGAAGAACACAUGUUUGUUGCCACAGGUCUGCUGCCAGAGGAAACAGAAACAUAUCUCUACAAGCAAGAAUCUCUUGCCAAAGAAAUCAAAGAGAUAACAGAAGAAAUGGAUAAGAACAAGAAUUUAUUUACUCAGACAUUUCCGGAGAAUGGUGAUAAUAGGGAUGUUAUAGAAGACACAUUGGAUUGCCUCCUGAGAAGACUGACCUUACUGGAGUCAGUAGUAAACCAGAGAUGCCAUCAGAUGAAGGAAAGGCUCCACCAAAUAGUUACUUUCAAGAGUGAUCUGAAGCUCCUGUUUACAUCGCUAGGUGAUAGCAAAUAUUUAGUUCUACAGAAACUGGCAGAGGCAGUUGAGAGACCAGAAACGGAACAAAUUCAGGUCAUACUGCAGGCAGAAGAAGGUUUGAAGGAACUAGAUGCUGGCAUCAAUGAAUUAAAGAAGCGUGCAGACAAACUACAAAUUGACCAACCUUCUGUGCAAGAGCUAUCUAAGCUCCAGGAUAUGUAUGAUGAGCUGAUGAUGAUCAUUGGAUCCAGACGGAGUGACUUGAACCAGAAUCUGGCUCUUAAGGGGCAAUAUGAGCAGGCUUUGCAGGACCUGGCUGACCUGGUAGAAACAGGCCAAGAAAAGAUGUCUGGGGACCAGAAAAUGAUCGUUGCUUCUAAGGAAGAGGUCCAAUUGCUACUUGACAAACAUAAGGAGUAUUUUCAGGGGCUGGAGUCUCACAUGAUUCUGACAGAAACACUCUUUAGAAAGAUGAGGAGCUUUGCCUUCUUGAGGGAAACUCAGUCGCAUUCAGAACUAAUGACAAAAGCUUCAGUUGUAUUAAAGCAGGCCCAUAAACGAGGUGUGGAGCUGGAAUACAUUCUAGAGACCUGGACGUGCCUGGAUGAGGAUUAUCAGGAACUUACCAGACAGCUGGAGUCUGUUGAAGGUAGCAUUCCCACUGUUGGUUUGGUGGAAGAGACUGAGGACAGGCUUACAGACCGGAUUACACUUUUUCAGCGUCUGAAAUCUAACCUGACUGAAUACCAGCCCAAAUUAUACCAGGUGCUAGAUGAUGGGAAGAGGCUCCUUUUUUCUGUUAGCUGCUCAGAGCUGGAAAGUCAACUGAACCAACUAGGGGAGCACUGGUUAAAUAACACCAACAAGGUGACCAAGGAGCUUCACAGGCUGGAAACAAUACUGAAACACUGGACAAGGUAUCAGAAUGAAUCAAUUGAACUGAUGCAUUGGUUACAAUCUGCAAUGGAGCGGCUUGAAUUCUGGAGCCAGCAGUCAGUGACGGUUCCUCAGGAACUGGAAACAGUCCGAGACCACCUGAAUUCCUUCCUGGAGUUUUCAAAAGAAGUGGAUGCUAAAUCGUCACAGAAAUCUUCUGUCCUGAGUACUGGGAACCAGCUGCUUAGGCUGAAGAAGGUAGAUACAGCAACAUUGCGUGCAGGAUUGUCCCACAUUGACAGUCAGUGGACAGAGCUGCUCACAAAAAUCCCAGCGGUGCAAGAGAAAUUGCAUCAGCUGCAGAUGGACAAAAUUCCUUCACGCCAUAAAGUUAUUCAGGAUUAUGUCCAGAAGUACAAGGGUUUUAAGAUAGAUUUAAAUUGCAAACAACUCACAGUAGACUUUGUGAACCAAUCAGUGCUACAGAUUAGCAGCCAGGAUGUUGAAAGUAAACGUAGCGACAAAACUGAUUUUGCCGAGCAGCUCGGAGCAAUGAACCGACGUUGGCAGAUUCUGCAAGGCCUGGUAACAGAAAAGAUCCAGCUACUGGAAAGUCUGCAGGAAUCCUGGACAGAAUAUGAAAAUAAUGUGCAGUGCCUAAAAACCUGGUUUGAAACCCAAGAGAGGAAACUGAAAAAGCAACAGAGAAUUGGAGACCAGGCUUCAGUACAGAAUGCUUUGAAAGACUGUCAGGAAUUAGAAGAAUCAAUUAGAGCAAAGGAAAAAGAAGUAGAAAACGUAGAACAGAUUGGUCUUUCUUUGAUACAAAGCAAGAAGGAAGAAGUCUCUUCUGCUGUAAUGAAUACACUGCAAGAAAUUAACCAUUCCUGGGCCAAUUUGGAUCACAUGGUUAGCCAACUGAAGUUAUUGUUGCAGUCCGUUCUUGAUCAGUGGAGCAUUUACAAAGUGGCGUAUGAAGAACUGAAUAGUUACCUGAUGGAAGCCAGAUAUUCUUUGUCCCGUUUUUAUCUUCUUACUGGUUCUUUGGAAGCUGUUAAAGUCCAAGUUGAUAACCUUCAGAGCCUACAAGAUGAAUUGGAAAAGCAAGAAAAUAGCUUACAGAAAUUUGGCUCCGUGACCAAUCAAUUAUUGAAAGAGUGUCACCCACCAGUGACUGAAACACUUAGCAGUACUUUGAAAGAAAUGAAUAUGAGGUGGAACAACCUUCUGCAAGAGAUUGCAGAGCAGCUGCGUGCCAGUAAGGGCCUCCUUCAGCUUUGGCAGAGAUACAAGGACUAUUACAACCAGUGUUCUUCCGCGGUCCGGCAGCGUGAAGAGCAGACCAAUGAACUCUUGAAGACUGCCACAAGCAAAGACAUUGCCGAUGACGAGGUUGCCGCUUGGAUUCAGGAUUGCAACGAUCUACUCAAAGAUUUGAAGACAGCACAGGAGUCACUAGUUGUUCUUCAAGAACUAGGAGAGGAGCUAAAAAGCCGAGUGGAGGCUUCAGCAGCAGCAACUAUACAGUCUGAUCAGCUAUCUCUGAACCAGAAUCUGUCAACUCUAGAACAGGCUCUUCACAAGCAACAGGCUGUACUUCAGGCCGGAGUACUGGACUAUAAAACCUUUGCCAAGAACCUGCAAGUCCUUGAGGCUUGGAUAACAGAAGCAGAAGAAGUACUGAAAGGACAAGAUCCCAGUCACUCAUCUGAUCUCUCAGCAAUCAAGAGUAGGAUGGAGGAACUCAAAAGUCAGAUGUUGAAGUUCAGCAGCAUGGCGCCAGAUUUGGACCGCCUUAAUGAGCUAGGUUACAGGCUUCCACUAAAUGAUAAAGAAAUCAAAAGGAUGCAGAAUCUGAACAGACGUUGGUCUCUGAUCUCAUCUCAGACUACAGAGAGAUUCAGUAAGCUGCAGUCUUUCUUGCUGCAGCAUCAGACCUUCUUGGAGAAGUGUGAGACUUGGAUGGACUUAUUAGUACAGACUGAGCAGAAGCUGGCUGCAGAGAUUUCUGGAAACUACCAGCGCCUUUUAGAGCAACAGAGGGCACAUGAGCUAUUCCAGGCAGAGAUGUUCAGCCGCCAGCAGAUUUUGCAUUCAAUUAUCUCUGAUGGGCAGCACCUCCUAGAGCAAGGACAGGUGGAUGACAGAGAUGAGUUUUAUCUGAAGCUGACCCUUCUAAGUAAUCAAUGGCAGGGAGUAAUUCGCCGGGCACAGCAGAGGAGGGGAAUCAUUGACAGCCAGAUCCACCAGUGGCAACGCUAUAGGGAGAUGGCAGAGAAACUGCGCAAGUGGCUGGUGGAAAUGUCCUGUCAGCCAGUGAGUGGGCUGGGCAAUGCUCCUAUCCCGCUGCAGCAAGCCAGAGCUUUACUGGAUGAAGUGCAACUUAAAGAGAAAGUUCUCCUAAGGCAGCAAGGGAGUUAUAUCCUCGCUGUGGAAGCUGGGAAGCAAUUGUUGCUCUGUGCUGACAGUGGAGCCGAGGCAGCCCUGCAAACAGAGCUUACUGAAAUUCAGGAGCGCUGGAAGACAGCUAGCAUCCAACUUGAGGAACAAAAGAAACAGCUUGCUUUACUACUGAAAGACUGGGAAAAAUGUGAAAAGGGCAUAGGAGACUCCCUGGAGAAGCUAAGAUCAUUCAGAAAAAAGCUUUCUCAGCCGUUGCCAGAACACCAUGAUGAGUUGCAUACAGAGCAAAUUCGUUGCAAGGAAUUAGAGAAUGCUGUUGAAGGAUGGACAGAUGACCUUGCACACCUCUCCCUGCUAAAGGAUACACUCUCUGCUUACAUCAGUGCAGAUGAUAUCUCAAUCCUCAAUGAGCGCGUAGAGCUUCUGCAUAGACAAUGGGAGGAGCUGUGCCACCAGGUCUCCUUACGUCGCCAGCAAGUAAGUGAGAGAUUGAAUGAGUGGGCUGUCUUCAGUGAGAAGAACAAGGAGCUCUGUGAGUGGCUGACACAAAUGGAAAGUAAGGUUUCUCAAAAUGGUGACAUCCUCAUAGAAGAAAUGAUUGAUAAACUUAAAAAGGAUUAUCAAGAGGAAAUUGCUGUAGCCCAAGAGAAUAAAGUCCAGCUCCAGCAAAUGGGAGAGCGACUUGCUAAAGCUAGCCAUGAGAGCAAAGCAUCAGAGAUUGAAUACAAACUUGGCAAAAUCAACGACAGAUGGCAACAUCUUCUAGAUCUCAUUGCCGCCAGGGUGAAGAAGUUGAAGGAGACCCUGGUUGCAGUGCAGCAGCUGGAUAAGAACAUGAGUAGCCUGAGAUCUUGGCUAGCCCACAUUGAGUCAGAGCUGUCCAAACCUAUCGUCUAUGAAAGUUGCAACUCUGAGGAGAUACAAAGGAAGCUAAAUGAACAGCAGGAACUUCAGAGGGAUAUAGAGAAGCACAGCACUGGAGUGGCAUCUGUUCUCAAUCUGUGUGAAGUGCUUCUUCACGACUGCGAUGCCUGUGCCACAGAAGCAGAGUGUGACUCUAUCCAGCAGGCCACGCGGAAUCUGGACAGAAGGUGGAGGAACAUUUGUGCAAUGUCAAUGGAAAGACGACUUAAAAUUGAAGAGACGUGGCGUCUAUGGCAAAAGUUUUUGGAUGACUACUCUAGAUUUGAAGACUGGCUAAAAAUCUCUGAAAGGACAGCUGCUUUCCCGAGCUCCUCUGGUGUGCUUUACACGGUUGCUAAGGAAGAACUAAAGAAAUUUGAGGCUUUCCAGAGACAGGUGCAUGAAAGUCUGACUCAGCUGGAACUGAUUAAUAAACAAUAUCGCCGCUUGGCCCGAGAGAACCGCACUGACUCUGAUUGCAGCCUCAAGCAGAUGGUCCACGAAGGAAACCAGAGAUGGGACAACCUACAAAAGCGAGUUACUUCCAUCCUGCGCAGGCUAAAACAUUUUAUUGGCCAACGUGAGGAGUUUGAGACAGCACGUGACAACAUCCUGGUAUGGCUAACAGAGAUGGACCUGCAGCUGACCAACAUUGAACAUUUCUCAGAAUGUGAUGUCCAAGCAAAGAUAAAGCAACUUAAGGCUUUCCAGCAAGAAAUUUCGCUGAACAACAACAAAAUUGAGCAGAUAAUUGUGCAGGGUGAGCAGCUCAUUGAGAAAAGUGAGCCUAUGGACGCAGCGGUCAUUGAAGAAGAACUAGAUGAGCUGCGUCGUUACUGUCAAGAGGUCUUUGGUCGUGUGGAACGCUACCACAAGAAACUGAUCCGCCUUCCUCUGACUGAUGACGAACAUGACCUCUCCGACAGAGAGGUGGAUCUGGAUGAAUCAGCAGAUCUCUCUGACAUACACUGGCGUGACAAAUCUGUGGACAGCAUUCUCUCUCCGCAGCGUUCCUCCAACCUCUCGCUGCCCCUCGCCCAGCCCGUGAGAAGCGAGCGAUCAGGGCGGGAUACCCCUGCAAGCAUGGACUCCAUCCCCCUGGAGUGGGAUCAUGACUACGACCUCAGUCGAGACUUGGAAACAGCUGUUUCACGGGCACUGCACUCUGAGGAAGAAGAAGGACAAGACAAAGACUUCUACCUUGGAGGAGCAGCUGGUGUAGCAGGAGAGCCUGGUGCCCUGGAAACACAUAUCCGACAGCUGGACAAGGCCUUAGACACCAGCCGUUUCCAAAUACAGCAAACAGAAAACAUCAUCCGCAGCAAAACACCUACAGGACCAGAGCUGGAUUCCAGUUACAAAGGAUAUAUGAAGCUACUAGGUGAGUGCAGUGGAAGCAUAGACUCAGUAAAAAGGCUUGGAUAUAAACUAAAGGAGGAAGAAGAAAAGUUAUCUGGACUCAUUAACCUGAACAGUACUGAAACACAAACAGCUGGUGUAAUUGACCGAUGGGAAUUAAUCCAGGCCCAAGCUCUAAGCAAGGAGCUGAGAAUGAAGCAGAACCUUCAGCAAUGGCAGCAGUUCAAUUCCGACCUUAAUAGCAUUUGGGCUUGGUUAGGAGAAACUGAAGAGGAGCUGGAGAAACUCUGCCGUCUUGAUCUCAGCACUGACAUACAAACUAUUGAGCUCAGGAUUAAAAAACUGAAAGAGCUGCAGAAAGCGAUUGAUAACCGCAAGGCGAUCAUCUUAUCCAUCAAUCUGUGCAGCUCAGAAUUCACUCAGUCUGACAGCGAAGAGAGCAAGAAGCUUCAAGAGCGUCUGUCUCAGAUGAACAUGUGCUGGGAACGUGUAUGCAGUAUGAUCGAAGAGUGGCGCUGCUCACUGCAGGAUGCAUUAAUGCAGUGCCAGGAUUUCCAUGAAAUGAGCCACGGGUUGCUUCUCUGGUUAGAGAAUAUUGACAGAAGGAAAAAUGAGAUUGUGCCCGUCAAUCCAAACCUGGACUCAGAAACUCUGCAGGAUCAUCACCGCCUUCUAGUGCAAAUCAGACGUGAACUACUGGAGUCUCAGUUGAAGGUGGCAUCACUGCAAGAUAUGUCCUGCCAAUUGCUAGUCCAUGCUGAAGGCAAGGACUGCCUUGAAGCCAAAGAAAAAGUACAUGUCAUUGGAAAUAGACUGAAGCUUCUUUUGAAAGAGGUCACACAUCACAUAAAAGAUCUAGAGAAAAUUCUAGACAUUUCAAGUAGUCAACUGGAUUUGUCCUCGUGGUCGUCUGCUGAUGAAUUGGACACAUCAGGCUCAGUGAGUCCUGUAUCUGGAAGAAGCACUCCAAGCAGACAGAGAACGCCACGGGGCAAAUGUAGUCUCUCACAGCCUGGACCCUCUGUCAGCAGUCCACAUAGCAGGUCCACAAGAGGUGGCUCAGGUUCCUGCCCUUCUGAGGCCAGGCCGGUGUGGCAGUACUCGUCCUUCUUCCUCAGGGUCCUCCGAGCUGCUCUGCCCCUUCAGCUGCUCUUGCUGCUCCUGAUUGGGCUGGCUUGCCUGGUGCCAGUGACCGAGGAGGACUACAGCUGUACUCUGUCCAAUAAUUUUGCCCGAUCUUUCCAUCCCAUGCUCAAAUAUACUAACGGCCCCCCUCCAUUAUGAAGCUGCGAGAAGGCGGGCGACCUUGGUGGAGGGCGGGCCAGGAGGCAAGGCCUGUUUUAAAGUGUUACGGCACUCAGCGUGGCAGCUUUAGCUCUCUGCGGUAGCCACUGUGUCCAUACUGUUCUCUACUGGCACUCAGCUAAUAAUGCAUCGAUGUAUCAGUAUCGAAUCACGCAAUGUAUUAUCUGAGUUGCAUCGUUUGCAUCCCUGGCACGAAGGAGGAUGUGAAAUGAGUGUCGGAAAUGUCUUUCUGUCCAGCAUUCUGGAUCUUUUAGCCACUUUAUAUCCAGGUCAUUGCCCUUUACUAUGCAUAGCCAAGGACUUUAUACUGUAGACCCUUUCCUAUGCGCUCCUCUAAAUGAGCCAUUAGCCAGUCUUUGUUAAAUUCCCUCUCAAUACCUACAGUAUACAAAACAACCAGUGCUAAAGAAAUUUUAGAGCAUUUGUAACAUACAAUUUUAAAGGAUCUUGUAUGGCAAUGUAUUAUUCCCCAUGGUUUCUGUUUCGGGCAUGGUGUUCUAACCUUUGCUUUGGAUGCACAAGGUGUAAAUCUGAGAAGCACUUUUUUAAGGUUUAAAAAUGGAUGUAAUAAAUAAGAUCAUGAAAGGUUUUAUGAGGAAAAAUAUUGAAUGUCAAGUUGAAAAACAAAGAACAUAUUUAUGUAUGUACAGUUUGCUAAGCCAAGUUUUGUUUGUAUUGAUUUCUUUGCAUUUAUUAUAGAUACCAUAAAAUAUUUUGUCUAUGUGCUUUUUAAUAACAACUAUGAAAACCUCUACGUUUAGAAUGAGAUAUGUAUGGUAUAAAAAAAAAAAUACAAGCCAUAAAAAUGCUGCAGUUCUAAAAAGAAUUAAAAUAAAAAAUGCUGUAACAAAUUAACAAUAUAAGGUAUUUGUGGGAACAAAAAGAUUCUGCAAACUUGUUAACAAACAGUAAGAAUCUGUGUAUGUUGUGCUGA